AUGCUCACCCGACCAGACGAGCUGGCCCUGAUGGAUCCGCUCACCGUCGAUGAUGUGGGCGAUCUCAUGGAUGAAAUGGAACAGCGAGACUCUCCUCGAGCCAUCGUUCCCAUCUCACAAGACUCCACGCUCGUCGUCUCGAGGCUCUCAAAAAGCACUGUGACCGCUCCCAUCAUGGAGAUCUACAAGCCAAAGCCACCCAAGCUGAGCAAUCCAGCAACCACAAUCCCAGUCAAGGAACAAGAUCAGCCCCAACUAGCAACACCACUCAAGAGACGCCUCAGAACCACAAUCACCGAUGACCUCCCACCUAACGAACAAACCUGCCCAGGCGCAACAACACCCACAAAGCACGCAAGACAAGAGACACCUGCUACCUCGCCCGGAAGUGAACACAAAAGACGCAAAGGAAUCCCGAUUCCCCAAAGCUGGGAAUUAGCAACUGCUGAGGAUAUACUUCUCUUCAAACUGAAAGAGUACGGGGGAACCUGGGCUGAGAUCACAGCAGAAUGGAACAACAUCAGCGGGUUGAGGUAUGCGUCGAGCACAAUCUCGAAUCGGUGGACUAAAAUCCAUUCCACUCUUGGAGAUCCGCCUGAGAGAAUAUGGGAUCUGGAUUCUAGUAUGUCUUCCUGA